AUGACGGAUGCGGAUGCGAAUAGGGAUGAGGAUGUAAGUGGUAGUGGUAGUGGGGUUGGGAUCGAUGGUAAGGUUACUACUCGGCCUGUGGUUGGUGGUACGGGGAGUCGCAUGCCACAAGCUUCUGCUGCUUCUUCGAAUAUGACGGCGACUUCGACUUGGACAAUAUCUGAGCGAACGAUAACUCAUACGCCGAGUGCCAAUUCGCUGAGGAAUAUACAUGUAGGGGGAGCGGGUAGGGGUAGGGGAGGGGGGACUGGAAUAGUGCAUGCGCGAGCGCAAACGCCAACGCAAAAUGCGGCGUUGACGGGGGCAGCGUUGGCCUUUUCGAAUGCGAGAUCGAAAUCAGAAUCGAAGGGGGCGCCGGUGCUGUUGGAUAAACAUGGGGAUAAGAAUGGGUUGCAGUCGAAGUCGAGUUUAGGGAAGGAUUUAUAUGUGAAUACGUACAGUGGGAAGGAUGGGGCUUUGGCGGCGGCUAUGAAGGUUGGGCCAGGAGGAGUAGUAGGGGGGAGAACGAGAAGUCCGUCGAAGGUUGAGAGGAUGGAUGAGAGGAUGGGGUAUGGGCAGCAGAUACUGGGGAGGGAAAAGACGGGGGGGAGUGAAACGACGGAUGGGGGGAGUAUUGGGGGGUCGGAAUAUCAAGGAGGACAGAGAGAUGCCCAGAAACGAGUACAGCAGAGAUCGAAUGGAUAUCUACAGGCUCAAAUUUCGAGUGCGAGUAGUACGCCGGAAUCGAGUGUGAAGAGUUCGGCGGCAUUUAUGGCGGCGAAUGUGGCGGCGAAGAGGAGUAGGGAUAAUAGUCCGAAUCAGACGGGACAGAGUCAGGGGAUGGGGGGAGGAGUGGGGAAACAGGCGAGUCCAUUACCAAGUAGGAGACAGAGUUAUGCGAGUUCGAUUGGGAAUACGAGUUCGGUUGAUAGUGGAGAGAGGCGGUUGGAUGUGUCGAAUAUUCCCCCUACGAGUUCGUUGGUGGGAAUGUGGGAGCAGACGGAUAGGGGGGUUAGGAAGGCAGGAGGGAAUGAGGUAGUGACCAGACAGGAGAGUCCGAGGAAAAGACCGGCUUCGAGCCAUGCGCCUAUACCUAUUUCGAGGCCGGCGAUGCUGACGAGACCCGUUUCGAGCCAUGCGCCCAAACCCGAGCUACUGAAGUCUAUUACGAAGCCUUUGGUACAACCUCGAUCUGCUUUAUCACAACCCCCUAUAUCUGAGAAAAUGAAGUCUACGUCAACGCCCCUGAUACAACCUCGAACCGUUUCUUCACAUACUCCUGGGUCUGAGGCUGUUAAGCCGUCUCCGAAACCUCCGGUACAAAAGCCUGUCAUACACAAUACUCGACCUGCUUCUUCUCAUGGCCCUUUGCCAAACCUUUCUACAAAGCCUUCAAUACAAACGCUCUCUCGGCCUGUCUCUGCGCAUGGCCCUCCGCCUACCAAGCCGUCAGCUAAGCCUCCCAUACAAUCUAUUCGACCUGCAUCUUCUCAUGCUCUGGAAUCUACCGAAUCACUCUUGAAGCCAUCAGUGCAAAAACCUUCGAUACCCCCUCCACGACGUACUGCUAAUGUUCCUGCGCCGGACAAACAAUCUACAACUCCUCCAAUGCAAGCUCCUCAGGCCCGUUCAAUGCAAACUCCUAUUUUGAACUUUACCGCCUCAAUCGACUCACCCCUAAAACCUCCCACCCAACAUCCGAGACGCGCUUCUACCAUUCAAAUUACUAAACCUUCCAAAUCCAUACCAGCCUCUAAGCCAUUCUACAACGAUGACGACAACGAUGCAUCCUCAGACGAUUCCUUCGUAUCCGCCUCCUCCCAACCCAAACCUCGAUCUCCCUCUUGGCGCGCAAAAGUAGCACAGCAAAACCGGCGCCAAUCCUCCUCCGUCUCCCCUAUGAACAUGAACGCCAAUUCUCUCGCCGAUGCCAUCGUGGCUGGUUCUCUCGCCUCAUCCCGUGCGUCCUCCCCUUCUAUACAUUCUGGGGGUCUUCGCCCUCCAGCCCCUCCCCCUACUCGUAGACAUAAAAAUAUCUUCCAUUCGGAUAAUUCUCGCACGCCUACACCUCCUCAAACUGGAGCUGGAAAUACCAUUGCAAUUCCAAUGUUGAAAACUACGAUGCGGAAACCUAAAACGGGAAAAGAACUCAGGGAAGAAGAAAAUGAGGGAGAGAAGAGAAGGGGGAAGAAACAUUUGGUCAAGAAACAUCCGAAUAAACAUCAUGAGGGAGAUCGGAAGAGGUGGAGAGAUGUGGUUACAGAGAGGGAGAGGAAGAGAUAUGAAGCUGUUUGGGCGAGUAAUAAGGGAUUGUUUCCUUAUACGGUCAAUGAGAGGGGAGAGAGUAUUGAGGUGGGCGGGGCGGCGGAUAGUGUGCCGGGGGUGGUGGUUAGGGAUAUUUGGGAGAGGAGUCGGUUGGGUGGUGAUGUGUUGGAGGAGGUUUGGGGGUUGGUUGAGAGGAGGGGAAUGGGGAUGAGGAUGGGGGUUGAGAAGGGGGGCAGGGGUGGGAGAUUGGGGAAAGAGGAAUUUGUGGUGGGGUUGUGGCUUAUAGAUCAGAGGUUGAAGGGGAGGAAGUUACCUGGUAGAGUGAGCGAAAGUGUUUGGAGGAGUGUAGGGGGUUUGGGGGGGAUCAAGGUUAAGGAUCGGGUGAAAUGA